AUGCCCGGCGGCAGCGCGGCGCCCCCGCCCGGCGGAGACCCGGAGCUGGCCGGCAGCGGCGGAGCGGGCAAGCCCCGGCGGCGGGCGGAGGAGGAGGAGGCGGCGGGCGGCUCGGCGCUGCCCGGGGCCGUGCGGGCGCUGGAGCUGGCCGAAGCCCGGCGGCGGCUGCUGGAGGUGGAGGGCCGGCGGCGGCUGGUGCUGGAGCUGGAGAGCCGGGUGCAGCAGCUGCACCGCGUCUUCGUGCAGGCCGAGCUGCGCAUGGCCGGCCGCGCCGAGAGCCUGGCCCGCCUGGGCAGCGGCGCCGGCCAGGCCCAGAUCUACCUGGCGGCCCACGGGCAGCGCCUCAAGAAGAGCCUGCGGCGCUCCCGCAAGGCGCGGCCGCCCGCCCUGCUGGCCUCGGCGCUGGGCGGCUGCGUGCCCUGGGCGGCGGGCAAACUGCGCCGCGGCCGGGCAGAGCCGCCCGAGUCCCCCUUCAAGAGGAGCCUGCAGGGGCCGCCUGGGCAGCCCCCGGCCUGA